AUGCUCUUCCGUUAUUUUGCAUCAGAUGAAAAUUGUCUGCACGCCAUCCUGGAGCUGCAAAUGUCAGUGUCAUUGGUUAUUGAUGCUGUGGCUGCACAAAAUGGAUACCAGACAUGGUCUCUCAGCAAGUUAUUCGGAGCUGGCCUCAAGACUUCAUGCCCUUUAGCUUCCAUGAGUACCAUCUACGUUGAUGUAUCUAAUAAUGGUAGUGUAGGAACAUACCAGCUUAGCCCUGAGCCCACACAGCUGGUUGUCUCUGGAGAGGGUGCUUACCAGCGUAGAUUGGCCAUUUAUGACCUGAAACGCCAUGUGGCCCAGGGACGGUUCAACCUAGCAGCCCAGUAUGAAAAGCCCCACAUCUACUGGAUUAUCCCAGAGCCGCCCCUUCACAUCACCCGCUACAUUCAAGGUUAUGGUCUUGAGCGUGGUGGAAUAGUCAAUCGUAUCAAGAAUAAUCACCCUACAAAAGCUGUCCGAGUUGUGCUGCUCGAUGUCAUUCCCUGGUUUCUUCCCGUAUACCUGCACACAUUGAAAAUUUCCUCAGGUUCAAGGCAGCUGAAAGCAGAGCAUGUGAGCUACCAACCAGGUCGUGAUCGAGAGAGGCCACACCAUCUGGAGAUUACCCUCAUGCUCCCCCCAGCAGCAGAGACAAUUGUGGCAUAUGAAUUUGAGCGAGCCUUCCUCAAAUGGACCGAGUAUCCGCCCGAUGCCAACCAUGGCUUUUAUGUUGGGGCAGCUGUACUUAGCGCUCUUCUGGAUGAACCUGUGGCCAACUACAGCGGUGACAUCUCACUUUGCCCUAGUCUGAGGCACUGUAUUACUGGGACAGCAUCAGCACUCAACGAAAAAGGCAGUUCAGGAAAGCAGUUUGUGCGCAUCUACACUGAGACCUUGUUGGUAUCACUGCCAACACCUGACUUCAGCAUGCCAUACAACGUCAUCUGCCUUGCCUGCACCGUAGUUGCUUUAGCCUUUGGACCCAUACAUAACAUAGCCACCAAUGCGUUGACCACUGUUGAAGCGAAGAAAGGAAGUGAAGGACUGCUACGGCAACUAGCAUCCAAGGCGAAACGAUUGUUCCGUAAGAGUCCCUCAGAAGGCUCUGGUGGUGGCGACAGUGGUGAUCAAGAGAAGAAGAACAAAUAAUUUAGGCUUUCUAUUAUUUAGUUAUACUUAUCACCAUCUACAUGCGCAUAUUUGUGCAUGUAACCUGUAUAUAUAGUGUUAUACAAAUUCAUUUAUCAUGCUAAUAAAUUUUGCUUUUGUUAUCAUGA